UAAACAUCUCAUUUUCAGUUUUCGGAACGGGCAGACUAGGCAGACUGCCCUAAACCAACCAAUUCUCUGGCGCCCUCCAAUAAUACAAGACCAAGCAAAACCUCAAAGCAAUGUAUUGACAACCAAGUUGUCCAUCAUUCAUCCUCAUGUCCAGGAACUUGAACCCCUGCUGGUUCACUCACCAGCUCCUCCUGUUAUGGAUUUUGCUGGUGCUCGGCAGUCAGCUAAUACAUCCAGCCAGCAUGACAACGCUCUCCGAAUCCACUUGUUGCAAUCAGGAUCAAGGGUUCUCCAGGUCGGGGUUUUCUGCGGUAGGCAGCACUCAGGAAAAAACAUUACUCUCUGGCUGCAAACGUGAGUCAAAUUUCAAACAGGGAAACGCUAGCAUACCCCAUGAAGAAGCAAGUAAAGGAGAGCCAUUCCCCCAGACCUCAUCUACUACAGAUCAAACAAUUUCCAACCAAUUUCGAGAGUCAUGGUCACCCGUUGAGUCAUCAAACUCUCAAGUCGGAGUGGAUGUCGUCAAAGAUGGCCCCAGUAAUAGUAUUCGACAUUCCAAACAGAAGAAUAAGAUGAUGAUUAGCAUUCCCCAGAAAGAUUAUUUCUCAAACAUGAUCCCACUUGAACAAGUCUUUGGAAAGAAACAGACAUUACAAAACGGCGGAUUUACAAGUUCUACAAGGAAGCAAAACAAGAAAAUUAGGAACUCAGAGCUAACCAAGACCGUCCCAAUCGAUUCUGCGCUAGGAAAUACGGAUCAAAGCCUAUCUGAAGUGAGCAAGGCUUAUGUGGGAGAAGUCUGGGGAAACGAGACGGUGAGCCGAUGGGAAAGAAAACAAAUCUUAUAUCUCAUGAGUCGGAUUGUCAAUCACUUAAAGAUUAGCGAUAAAGAAGCUCAUUCGGGUAUUGUUUCAUCGAUCAGUGAGGAUGAUUACUUGGAAUUAAGAAGACAUUGGGAGUUAUCUCCGACUGGGAUCCUCGAAGCAGAGAAAGAAGUGUGCAGGAUUUUGAAAAAUCCUGAAGGGGCCAGACGGGUCUCAUCAUUCCGUCGCCUACUUCACCGACAUGCCAUAGCUUCGAACUGGAAAAACUUAGCUGUCCCUCAACUCCGUAAUUUGAGUUUGAGGUCUCAUUUAAUGUUGGUUGAGAAAUAUGACUUACAGUGGCGAUUCGGAAUGGCAGAUGAUCCAAGGUUCGUUCGAGACACACCUGGAUUCUCGAUAAUAGGCUGGCAGCCUGACUCGAAAUUUUUUGUGGGAAGAUACGAUCUUAGCUGGUGUUUGAAUAUUGUUUUUGGAGAACAUGAGGGAAGAAGACGCCGCGAGCUAAACUCGUAUCUUCUGUAUCGGAAGUAUCGCAAAGAAUGGUGGCCUGCUCUUCUUGGAAAGGACAGCGGACGGCUUGGACUGGAUGUUUUGGGUGUUUUGAAAGUCGGAGAUGCGCUUCAACUUGGCGAAAAGCACUUCAAGCCAGAAGACCCGAGCUUCAUGGAUCUCGAUGCAGCAUUUUCCCAAACAUUACAAGUCGUGGCAGAUACCCAAAGGCCUUUGCCAUGGGCUGAAUCCUCAGAACGUGCUUGGUUGCUAGCAAUCUAUGGAGAUCACUAUCGGGAACGUCUUCAGAAGCUCAGUCACUUGAUGUUGGAAUCAGAAAUGACUAGCCACCCGAAAACCAUGGGGGCGAUCAAAAAUUUAAUUGGCCGUCAAGCCAGCAUAGCUGAAAACUGUCGAGUAGGAUAUGAAUUAUUGUGGUGCGAGAUGGGACUAGAGCUGAAGGCAUUGCCUAAACUGAUUCAAAAUAGAACUCAAGAAGAUCUCCAUACACCUGAUGCACAUGAUUGGAUACUCAGUCAGCUAAUGGAAGUGGACAAAGACCUUUACAAAAAAUGGCUCCUCAGCUUGGACGUCUCCUACAAAUUCAAAGCACCAUUCCCAACGCUUUCAUGGUCCGAAAAAAUCUCAAGACUAGCCGAAACUUGCACGCAUAAAUUCUUCCGAAUGAUCUGGCUGGCGAUGUGGAAAGUAAUAAAUUAUCGCAGUAAGGGAAAGAGGAGUCGAUAAGAAAGAUGCACCCCAUUGGCAACAUGUGGAUAGACUUAUGAUAUGUAUGAUUCGAUCUGGACACCCGUUUGAUUCUUUCUAAUUGUUCAAUCUCAAAAUUUGAUCAGAUGAAUCAUUU